UUACUCCCCCGCCUCUCAUCACACACACACACAUAACGCAUACCAAACUCUCUCCCCGUCCAAACAUGUUUUAACCUGGAGCCCUGAAGGAGCAGCCAACCAGGACAGAAGGGCGCAAAAUAAAAGCGAAUUAAGCUUGACAAUCAGCACUUUGAGGGCGGCCGUGACAUGUACCCCCAAUACGGUACACUACAGUCGUAAAGCAAAAACCUCUGGUAUUUUCUACAGGCGACAAUAAUACCCGUUCUACUAUAUCUCUCGAUGGCUUGAUUAUUUUGAAGCCUAUCCUCGGUGGUUUUCGGUCAAGGCACCGCCAGGGCUCAAGCCUUCGAGAUGCACGGUGGCUGCUGCUGCCGCCAACCACUGCACCACAACACGGACACCGCCACGGGCCCAGUUCUAUCAUGGUUUUCAAACGGAGAGCGAGUACACUGAGUAUGAACAACAUCAGACACCGUGUACUGUACUAGCUGAAUGAUACAUACGGGUGCUUCUCGCUGGUCAUCACAACCCUGAAGUCAUAUUUGUUUGGAGGAUGCGUCUUGGGCUGGGGUGCUAUCGGGUGGGGCCCACGUGGCUCUGGAAGGCCCUGCUGGUGUUCGUGGCCAUUGCCUUUGCAGGACAGCUCCUAGGAGUCAUCUACAACAAAAGCCUCCAGCAGGACAGGUCGUGGUGGUUGUUCUCAUCCGAUGGCCAGGGCCCGUCUCUGGGCUUCUGUCGGCCCCACAGCCACGUCAUGUUCCUGAAAACCCACAAGACAGCCAGCAGCACCGUCCUCAACAUUCUCUACCGAUACGGAGAGGAGAAGGACCUGCGCUUCGCCCUGCCUCUGGGGUAUCAGUUCGGCUACCCCCUCCCUUUCAACGCCCACAGGGUCAAAGGUUACAGAGGGCCCCGUGUGGCAGAAUUCAGCAUCAUGGGAAACCACAUGCGCUUCAACAAACCAGAGGUAGAGAAGGUGAUGCCAGCCGACACCUUCUAUUUCUCCAUCCUUCGUGACCCUGUAGCACUCACUGAGUCGUCCUACGCCUACUACAAAGCCGUUGCCCCUGCCUUCAGGAAAGCCAAAGGCCUGGGAGACUUCGCCGACAACCCCCAGAAGUACUACGACCCCCAUCUCCGUAACAACCACUACGCUCGCAACCUGCUGUGGUUCGACUUCGGCCUGGACCACAACGCCAACUUCUCCACCACACUGACGCAACGAGGUGAAGUGGCCAUUCGACGUGCCUUCAAACUCAUCCUGGUCUCGGAGCACUUCGACGAAUCCAUGGUACUGCUCCGCCACGCCCUCUGUUGGCCUCUGGACGCUGUCGUCUCCUUUAGCCUGAACGCCCGGCAGCAAAAGUCCAAUGGAGGCAGCUCCUGGGUGGAUAAAGUGGCCGCUGCUCAGCCGCCCGCCAUGGCUCUCACAGACAAUCAACGGCAGAAGCUCCGGGAGUGGAACUCCCUGGACUGGCACCUCUAUCAGACAUUCAACCGCUCCUUCUGGGAUGAAGUGGAUCGCUUUGGGAGAGCCAGAAUGGACCAAGAGGUCGUUCUACUCCGGACCCGCCGGGAGUUGCUGGCUAAAGCUUGCCUGAGGGAAGGCGGGAGGCCGGUAGAGGCAAGCCGCAUCCGGGACAAGAACAUCAGGCCCUUCCAGAGCGGUUUGGUGAAGAUCCUAGGAUAUGAGCUCCAGCCUGGGCUGGACAACGCUACCCGUCAGGCCUGUCUGAGGAUGAUCAGGCCGGAGAUCCAGUAUAAAGACCUGCUGGAUGCCAGGCAGUUCCCCAGGGCAGCUCCCCAGCCUGCCCAGGCUCCGCCCCCAGCAAUCCCUGCUGGGGGAGCCUACAUGAGGAAAGGCCCCUCCUCCCAACUCAGGACAGGAGAGCUGGGAGUGGAGGGGGAAAGGAGGAUGGGGGAGGAGGAGAGGGACUGGGACGGGAGUCGGUUAUCACGUAGUAAUAAUAAUCAAACAUUGGUGCGAGAUAGAGGUGGAAGAGAGGGGAAAAGGAACCUAAGAUAGUUUUCCAUCCAGAAUUAAUUCCAGGUGGGGAGUGGAUAAGACUAAACUCAGACUGAGCCUGUGUACUCGUACUCAAGCACUUGUUGAGUAUUUCUAUUACUCAAGUACUCCGAAAGACCCAUUCUCCCUCCAACCCUGCUGUACCUCCACUUUAUUGUACAUCCCCGUUUUUUUUUGGCACAUCUUAUGACUCCUUUUAUGAACGGUUAUGACUCCCUUAUGUUCAUAUUGACUUUGUAAGGGUGCGAUUUAUGGGGAAGCUAAGCUUCCCUGAAUGACACAUGAGCUCCUCUAAAGAUAACAAAAAUGUUUUGUUUUUUUCUGGGAGGGGUAUUGAUAAUUUGACCUAGACACGCGCCGACAGUAUGUGUUGCCCAUAUAUCUGAUGCUGUCGGGACCAAACAAGUAUGACAGAGGGGCGGCGUUUCGCACACUCCGAUCCUUUCUCUGGUGAGAUACAAGUAACUGCCAAAAUAAAGGAAACACCAACAUCAAGUGUCUUAAUAGGGCGUUGGGUCACAACAGCUUCAAUGCUCAUGCCGCUGUGGCAUCGAUUCUGGAACUCUAAGUGUGUGGAACUCUAUUGGAGCGAUGUGACACCAUUCUUCCAUGACAAAUUCCAUAAUUUGGUGUUUUGAUGAUGGCGGUGGAAAAUGCUGUCUCAGGCACCACUCCAGAAUCUCCCAUAAGUGUUCAAUUGGGUUGAGAUCUGGUGACACACACACACACAUCCUUUAAACCCCUUAUGCUCAUUUGAGACCCUUCUUUCAAAGUCACUGACAUCUCUUCUAGUCAUGGUAGCCAAAAUAAUGGGCAACUGGGCAUUUUUGUACAUGACACUAAGCAUGAUGAGCUUAAUUAACUCAGGAACCACACCUGUGUGGAACCACCUGCUUACAAUAUACUUUGUAUCUUUUAUUUACUCAAGUGUUUCCUUUAUUUUGGCAGUUACAUAUAGAUUCAUUCUGCCAAUUGAAGGAAAAUGACUUAUUUUUUUAUACAAAAAUAAGUUAUUGUUCACAUUUUUGGGGAAACAUGGCUUCCCUUGGCAUCCAAGAAUACACCCACUGUAGAAGGCCUAAUGAAAAUCACCAAAUGUCAUUACACUGAUGGUGUCUAUAGCAGAUGUCUCUUUCUAUUCAUUAAAUGGCGCGUGCACAGUGCACUGUUUGGAUGCUGUAAUUAUUUUGGAGUGAAGGAACCGCAGGUAGCUGACUUUUUGAAGUGAUAUGUUUUACAAUCAGAUGACUACUUCAUGACUGGUUGUGCUCAUGCCACAUUAAAAUGUAAUACAUUUUUACAGUUAAAUUAUAAUAAUAUCUUUACUAUUAGGCCAAUAAAAAACUGUUUCCUAGUAGACGCUCCCCUGAAUGUCACAGUAUAGUUCGCUCUCCGGACUUUAUGAACACUGGACUUGAAAUGGAAUUGCAUCGCAUUCAGUUGGCCAACUGUCAUUCAAAAAGUUUACUCCUCUGCUUGAGAUUCGGCAGUCCAACUUCUCUUGCACGAUCAAAAUGUCAGCAUUUUUUUGUUUUUAGAAAAAAAGCUUGGCUGUUACCUUUUUCUUGAAUGCUAAUGUUAAAACAGCAAACAGGCAGCCAGCCAUAGCUACUGUAAAUGCUGGGGUAGGGAUGAUGUGAGUUGCAUGUUCUGACUCGGAAUGGAAUUCCUCCCUCUGAACGCAGUGUGCCUGGCGUAGAAAAAGUAGUUCACAUGAAGCAGUGGAGGCUGGUGUGAGGAGGACAGCUCAUAAUGGCUGGAAUGCAAUGAAAGGAAUGGCAACAAUCACAUGGUUUCCAUGUGUUUGAUAGCAUUCUAUUCAUGCCAUUCCAAUGAGCCUGUCCUAUAAUUUAAAGUGACACUAGCCUCCACUGAUACAAAGCCAGCAUUGAAGAGCAGUGAAUCUCACAAUAGGCCUUACUGUGAUGUCUUCUAGAGAGAUAGAUAGAGAACAUCUUAAAGGCCCAGUGCAGCUGUUUUUAUAUCAAUGUCAAAUCAUUUCUGUCUACCAAUUAAGUAAUAGACUUCUAUUAAAAAGGGCAAAAAUAGUUUCUUUAUGAAAAAUUCUCAAGCUAUAAUUUAGCUUGGACUGUCGGGACGGGGAUUAUAGCUGUUAUUGGCAGAGAGGAUUUGAACUUUGUUAUUGUUAUCUAUUAAACAAUUUAUCGCAUGGUGAUGUCACCAUGGAAAGCCGUAACUCCCGCCUAUACAAGCCUGCUGAUUAGAAGGGCCUGUGUAGAUAUUUUUAUUUUUCGACCAGCAACUUUCAGGAAAUAACACUGAUAAUAAAAAAUGUAAAAAACUUCUACAGUGUUAGUUUCAUCAGCGGUAUCAAUUAUAUAACAGAAUGUUGACUGCACUGGGCCUUUAAUGUUAACACAUGGUACUUUGAUAGGGACCGACAUGUACUGUAUCUGAACUGAAGCACUGUGGUUGAAUGGAUAGCAAGUCUGACUAACUUUUUUUAGUGUGCCUUUUCAUACACUGUACAUACCGUAUGUAAUAUAGUACACACAGUAUUUCCCUGGCUCAAUGGUAAGUUUCAAUGCGAGCUAGGAUUCCACCCCCUCACAUAGAUAUUCACAUGUGAAGCGUGAGUACAUCUCAUGCAUACCUUACAUACAAGAACACGUAUGUACAUCAUAUCUUACAUAGUAUAUACAUUUUAACACACACACACACUGUACUGUGUCAUGCUUGACAGCGUAAAUGAAUCAUGGAAGCUCAUUAAAAUGCAUUCUCACAUGUGAGCCAGCCAGCACAAUUGGUGUCAGGUGACCAUGGGGUGCAUAUUUAAAGGUACGCCAUCUGGUGGUGUGGAGGUGUAAUGCUAUAAUCCUGGUCCCAGAUCUAGGUGUGCUGUAUUAACCAACUCUUCGACCAGGCUAUAGCAAUGCCACUGAGUACCAGGAUGUUAUUAUUGGUUGACGAUCUUACUAGUGUAAGAUCCACACAUGUAUUAAUGUCUUUGGUGGAACGAGCUGUGAUUUUUGGAGAGAAUCUGACCAAGUCAGUUCAUUUUUAUUAAGCAAUCUAGAUUACAUAAUUUCUGGUGUGUCACAGCAUCUUUGAACAGAAUUUACCUGAAGCUUCUUUAAACAACAGGGGGACACACACAGCUAUCGUUUCCCUUUCCAUUCACCACUCCAGGUGCAGUGUAAUCUAUUUCAAGUUUUAUUUUUUUAAUCAUUUUGGCACAUUUUUCAGAUGAAAGUGGUAUAUUUUCUAAGCUCUAUGUACAAAACUCUAAACUGAUAACACGUGUAAUGCCUCCUGUCUAAUGUUCAGAACCUUUGAUUGUGCAUUCAUUGAGGUUGCACACGUCUUUCACCCCUGGAUCAUUCAUGCACAAGACACUGAAUUUGUUUGGUGCUCAGUCAAUGGAAAAUGUGCUUAGAGUUUUGAAAUAUGAGCCAUUUUGAUGUUCUGUUUAGAUUUCUGUGCUUAAGAGUUGUGAAAAUAUACCACACUUGUGAAAAUUGCACCAAAGGGAUUGAAAAAAAACUUGAAUGACUUGGUAUUAGCAUUGUGAAAGUGGCGUCUGUUAGUGUGUGACAAACGGUCAAGGAAUUCAUUGUCCAUAAAACCUAGAACAUUUAUUACAGAAUCACAUUGACCCACUAGCCUACUGCAGUUUUACAACUGUUAAAUUCACCUUUUAAGGAAAAGCUGUUACGCCGUUCUGUUAUGAGGUGUGACGUUUUAUCAUUUUAUUUCAUCUCAGUACACUACACUCUGUUGGGAAACUGCCAUUUUUUGUUGAGUUCAGGCAGUUUACUCAACAGCAAUACAGUUGAUUCAUCCACAACUGAAAUAUCUUUUUACAUAUAUUUCAACGGUUAGACUUAACUAAAAAUAGAAUUUGUUGGUUACAUCAACUGGUAACAUCAACUGCUAUGUCUUUCAUUGUGUCUAUGUUCUGAACCAUGGUUAUGGUGGGCUUCUCAACUAAAAGCCCAUUUCACUGUCUCCAUGUUUGUCGUCUUGACUAAGACUCGGAGAUGGUAUUUUUUGGUGGUGGUUUUAAGAGAAAAAGAAAAUGUUGAAUGACAAAGAUAAACGCUAAUAAAACCGUUUUUCUCUCCCCUUAAACUGUACAUUUUGGGAACAGGGCUUUAAAAAUGACUGUUUCUGUGUUUAUCAUUACUUUUUAAAAUCUCUUGUAUAUAUUGUAUGUAUUAUUUUAAGGUAAAUUUGACUUGACUGCACUGUUUUUGUUUAUUUGAUUUUUACAUUUAAGAGCCAAUGGAAACACACACAUUGAUACACAAUUUAAUUAUGUUGAUUAUCCCAUUUCUUUGAGACAUAAUUAUUAUAAUAUUAACAAUAUACAAAAACACACAAUGUACAGUACGUGACCCCAGUACAUUUAUGAAUAAUUUAUUAAUUAAAGCAAUGGCAAGAAUACAACCACACACACACACAAAGCAGUGACUGAUAUAGCCAAAUGUAUCUACUGACAAUACUGUAAGAAAUUGUCAUUUUGUUCCUCCAAAAUUGUUAAUUUUUAAAGUGAUGGGAUUCACACCUCUUGAAAGCAGCCUGUAAGGCAACCCUACCCCCAAGACUGAUGUUUAACCAGAGGUUGAGAGUCUCACAGGCUACUUUCAAGGCAUCUUUGUGCAGAUUGCUAUGCCCGUACAGAAAAACCACAUGAUUUCCCAUGUGGAACAUUUCACGUGUCUUCACAUGUUGUCACAUGUUCUCACAUUAACGGCUCAUACGAUCACACAUUCAUGUGGUUUUGAAACACUAUAUGUGAAAUUCAUGGGUGGUACUGUGAUAAUGCUACUUUUCUGUUGACCUCUCUACUAUUGACUUGAUACACUAUUCUCACAUGAUGGGAACCAUGUUACAUAUUGUAUGUCUGUGAGAAUGUAUGGUACUGUACACUAUUGAAAUAAAGGGUUCUUGUCUCAUGUAUGUUGACUUGAAGAAUACUCA